AUGCAUCUAGACCACAAAAUUCCCUGGAACACGGCCGCCAGUCAUUUCAAAUAUAUACAAUCUAAUCCUCACAUCACACCGCAUAAGACCGACCUCUUUGCCCGAGACCUUCCCUCCCAAUCCAAUGACUUGAACCAUUUCCGUCGCGUUCUUAUCGCGACGAUCCGUGAAUUCGCCCUUGCCCAAGAAAGAAAGGCCCUGGAUGUAGCGGGAAUACCUGACUCGGCUCCUCUCUUUUCGGAGACCCUUCUGUCCUAUCCGGAGAGCAAAUAUGGCCUAGGUCCACACGAGACGAACUCUGCCCUGCACAAUCCUCUUUCAGACCAACACCGAAGAAUCGAUUAUUGGAUUCAGUCUGCGGCUGACCUGAACGAUUCAAAUAAUUUGAGCUAUGGGACCGGCGACGCGGACUUGGCCGACGCCGUGAAGAUGUUGAUUGUCACUGUUGCUGAGGGCGACCCGGUCGCAUCGCAAGAAGCCAAAGAAGCACUUCUCCGGCUCAUACGGCAUCCUCGAGUUCCGCUGGGAGAUCUAUGGAGUCUUCAUUGGGGUCAUUCGUUCGGAGUCGAUCACGUGGCGCACAGAGCCCUAGAGAUGUACAUCUCCCUGAAUAUAUUUGCGGCGGUGUUUGAGAAGAAAUCCCCGAGUACUAGCGAAAGUGCUCUGUUCGCAAGCACGACCUUCCAAAAGUAUCUCAACGAUGCCGUGGCGAAUUAUGACUACCCUGCGCAGAACAUCCCGCAUCGUGCGUUCUGGCGAUCAAUGGGGGUUUCAAUUGAAGGAAAUGUUGAAGGAGGUGAUGACUCGAGGAUAGACCCAUUGGAUGUUCAUUCUGCAGACGAGACCAGAUCAAAACUAAAAGCCUAUCUCAAAUUGUGUUUUGGCAUUCUCUAUACCUUUGAUGUCUAUCGGCGGGAGCUGCUCAGUGAUGAUGCCGCAGUUGACAAAGAAUGGAGCUACAUGGUUACUGGCACCAUGAUGUGGUGGGGGUGUGAUUAUGAUUGGGAUAGUAUGGAAUUCACGCAGAAGGACAAACCAGCUAAUUAA